CCCCACCCCCACCCCCACCCCCACCCCGGUGCCGUCCUCCCUCUCCCGUCCAAGGGACUUCUUCUAUUCCUGAAGCCCGGAUAGGAUCAAGAACCCUCCGAACCCUACGUGCGAUCCUCACCGCCGGAACCCUAGAUCCUCCUGGCAAACCCUUGCUCCGGGGAUCGAGCUGGCGAUGGACCAUACAUGGCGGUUCCUGCCGGUUCAAGGCCACCUAUGCCCAGUCUGCUCAACCCCUCACUUCCCCUUUUGCCCGCCUCCGCCCGCGUUCGAUCGUAAUCGGUACGCCAGCGAGCACCUCCGCUGCUUCCCUCCCGAUGUUCACCCGCCCUUCUCCCAGGACCCUCGAUUCCCUUGGCCCCUCUACGACCCGCCGUUCCUGGACCCUAGGGCGGCUCCGCCGAUGCCGUUCCGGAUGCUGGGGGCAAGAGGCUCGGAGCCUUGGGGCAGGAUCCCUCAUCCUGGUUACCUUCUGCCUCAGCGGUUCGUUCAAGAAGAGUUGCUGGAAAGAAAGAACUCCCGGAAGAGGAUGCGAAUAGAAGAUUUUGCGAUGGUAAUCUUCCUCCUCUUCCACAGGGUUCAUUCAAGAAGAGUUCUUAGAAAGAGAGGACUCCCGGAAGAGGAUGCGAGUAGAAGAACUUGCGAUGGGUAAUCUUCCUUCCUCCUCCACAGCCCUACAAUCGGUACGAUUACGCCCCUGGCAGGAUUUCAGCGGAUGAUGAACGAAGAUUGAAUUUGCUUUGAGAUCACGGGCGCCAAAAUUCUACGGAAUGGCCGCAGCAAUUGAAUAGUGAAUCCCCUAUCGGCCACGAUGGCAUGCAGCGUUGGAUCCGAUCACGGUGGCUACGUUGGUUGGAAUGGUCCAAUGUUGGCCAGCAAAAUCACCGUCUGCAAGCAAAUGCAUUCGUGGAAUAUUGGAAUUCCCCGGGAGCGGUGAAUCCUCAUAGCAUCUACAAGGAUUAUAACCUUCAACCUGGGGAAUACGUGGAUGCAAGAAACAUUCACCCUGAUGCUUCUUUUCUGCCUCCCCAAAGUUAUAGAGAGGGUGAUUCUGGAGCAGGUUCGGAAAAUCAUACAGCUAGCAUUGCAGAGGAACGAGCCUUUUAUGAUUCUCGGCAGCAAGCUUCAUAUAUGGCACCUGAUUAUGUGUCGCAAGGUCCACAAGGGAAGUAUUAUCCUAAUGAUCACCAACAGAUCAAUCUAGCAGAGAAAUCCUUUCAUGGAUAUCCAAAGCAUUCUCAGAAUUCUGAAAUGGGUAACUAUCAGCAGGAACAGGAAAGAUCCCAUCCAUGGGAUAUGACGCAACACCCUGCAGAAGACAAAUAUAAAUUCCAUGGCCAGUAUUCUGACGUGAUGCGAACUCGUUGUGAACUUAAGCCUCCAGUUCCCAAGGAUGUUCAUAAGCCGUUUGAACCUGAAACUUUCACUUCAGUAGUACAAGCUGGUCCAGGUGGUGGCAAACAAGGAGGCUAUCUGCCCUUGCCAGCUAAAAGUAACGGUGGUGUCAUGGCUGAAGAAAUGCUUGGUAUACUAAUACACCAUAGGUGCUCUCCCUGAAUUUAGCCUUUGGCAUCCCCUCUUCAUGUUUUGGACUUAAAAAGUGAGGCUGAUGUCCUUGUAAACCUUCAAAUGGAAGUAUGGCACUCUUUCCUCGACCCACAAAAUCGCAUGAGCAAUAAAAUGUUACUCUAUUAGACUUGUAUCA